CAAAACGCCUAGCAUUUCCUAUCUUAGACUUCAUUCAGUAGACCAACGAAAAGUCUAAAGAUGCAUCUUCGAGUUUUCAGUUUUCUUCUCUGCUUGACGGUGAUGAUUUUACACUAUGGACAGGGUGUGAAAGGACACUGUAGGCGCAGAUGGGUCAAAAUGAAUUCUCAUGCGGUUUGCUUUGGCGCGAGGGGUAACAAGUAUGGCUCAUUCCACAACUAUGCCAAACAAGGAAUGGUUGCUGCCAUCAAACUCGUCUACCUUCGAGGCUACAUACGGUGUGACAACAAUGCAGUUCACAAUAGCAGAUGGGGAUGCGGAAGGCACAGAGGUUUGGCCAAAAUCCCUUUGAACGUCAUAGGAACUGACCAGAACAACCAUGUUCUCUUCCCAAGAAAAGAACUUUGGCGAUGGUCAACUAAGUGGUACAAUCUCCCGUUUGCUGACACCAUAUAUAGCAGAGAACUCGUGUUUACAGACUACGCGCAUCCAUUCUAUUUCCCGCUUUACAAGCAAAUGAGGAUCUGGUACGGAGAAGAUCUCAGUAAUCUCAGCGAAAGUGAUAAUCACGGUCGAGUUUGCGUGAACGUUUACGCGAAGUUUAUCGACUGAUUUGAUGAAUUAAAUCAAUGGCAUGCACACUAUUGACCGUUAAAAUCAAUUAAAAGCUAAACGCGAUUGUUAAGCUACAUGAGUGGAAAUAAAAAGCACUUYAAAACUCUAAA